AUGAAUGUCCAUUCGUAUUUGAAGAUAAAAGGAAACAAGUUCGGUUCUCCAAAUGCAAAUGCAUGUGUUAACAGUGAAAUAGCUUCCCUGAGUGAACCUUUAAGUACCUUUUUCAGAAUCAACCUGGAGCUCUACGCCUCCUACGUGUACCUCAGCAUGUCUUUCUAUUUUGACCGGGAUGAUGUGGCUCUAAAGAACUUUGCCAGGUAUUUCCUGCACCAGUCCCACAAGGAGUGUGAGCAUGCUGAAAAACUCAUGAAGCUGCAGAACCAGAGGGGCGGUCGCAUCUUUUUGCAGGACAUCAAGAAACCAGAUCGUGAUGAUUGGGAGAAUGGGUUGACAGCAAUGGAGUGUGCCUUGCACCUGGAAAAGAAUGUGAACCAGUCACUCCUUGAUCUGCACAAGCUGGCAACUGACAAGAAUGACCCUCAUUUGUGCGACUUCAUUGAAACCCACUACUUGGGGCCCAUCCUCCCCUACUGGAGAUUUGGUAGAAGACACAUUGCUAGCACCACAAUGUUGAAAUAG